GAUGAGGUUGAGCCACCCUAUUCUAUACAAGAGGCCUCCUUUCAACUAUACAAACAUUUUUAUCCCAAGAAGAAUAUAGAUAUCCAAACAAAAAUAUCCCCUGAAAUGAGCCAAGAAUCACAGAGGUCCACUUUGACCGAUGGAUUCGAUGGAUUUCGAUGGAUUCGAUGAUGCGAUCAAACUGAAACCCCAAGGAGGAUGACAACGACACAACCACUCAGAAGCUAACAUUCACAAGUCAGAAAGCUUUUCUUUCUAUUCCAGCUUUUUAUUGAAGAAGGUUAUUAACAAGGACAAAAACGCCAAAGAAUUGGCUUCUUCUACAACUCCGUCUUCUUUCUUCCUUUUAUUCACUUUCACCGCCUCAGCAGACGCGGCUGGCAAAUGAUACUACUAAGAGAAAUUCAAGUGCAUCUUCCAACAUGUUCCGCAAUUUGAUUACUUGUGGUGUUGUCAACACAAAUGACGCCGUUGUAGUCAUGUUGAAUCCAGCUAAUAAAACAUAUUCCAGCAAGUCUAACAGCAGCCAAGCCAUGAUCAUGGCUGAUCAUCGUAUUUCUAAAGGAGAUCACAAGUUGGCAGGUAGGUCUGCCGGAGUUUCUGGGACUUGCCAGAAUCCACAGCAGCUGCCGCAGCAACCCCACACUGCUAGUAGCUAUGAUGGAGAGAAAGAUGCGACUAAGCAGCAAAAGGAGCGCGAGUUCAGUGGCCAAAAAGCGGCUUCUGCUGCUUACAGACCCAUUGGUCGGCCGCAUUGCUCGCACUGCAGGAAGCUGUUUAAGCCAGAAAAAUUGCACUCACACAUGAAGUCGUGCAGAGGAAUGAAAGCUGAAACGAAGAUACCUGAAAUGGGAUCAAGAAAUCCUCAAACUCCGAGGAAUCCGCUUCAGGUGUCUGGACCUGACGAGCUGAAUAUGCCCAGUAAUGACUGA